AAAUCCAUCUCUCAGCUGCUGACCGUUUGUCAUUUUAAGUUGAAAUUUUGUUGUGUCUGGUUACCUAGAACAGAAAAUUUAGACGAAAUAAAUAAAUUUUAUACUUUUAUAAAGAAUUUGUUCACUGUUAAAGCGGUAAAUAAGUUACACGAAAGGGUAAAAAUGGCGGAUCUCAAAAAUGAUAUCGAUAGCGAUUUGGAUCAGAAUUACUCGUUAAAUAGUAAUGCGGAUCCGAAAAAUAUGCAGGAGCUGACAAUUUACGUGCAAAAUCUCCUGCAGAACGUGCAAGAUAAGUUUCAAACAAUGUCGGAUCAAAUUAUCACACGCAUCGAUGAUAUGGGCAAUAGAAUAGAUGAUUUGGAAAAGAGCAUUGCAGAUUUGAUGAAUCAAGCAGGUGUCGAGGGACCGGAAAAGUAAAAUAGGUAAAACUAGGCUCAUCGAAAUGCAAUGGAAAACGAACCGCAGUGUGGUGGCAUAGAAACCUCAAAUUUUUCAUGGAGCAUAUAAUAUAUAGUAUAUCGUUUUACAUAGUAUACGGCACAGUAAUUUAAAAGAAGUAAAAUCGAAACAUUUAUAUCACCUUAAAACAUAUACAUAAAUAAAUAUAUUCAUGCAUGCACAAACUUGUACGUUAACGCCCUCAAUUCAUCAAGAAACAGCGUGUAAUGUGAAAUAAUUGGCUCAAAACAAAUUGAAUUUGUUGAAUUAAGUUGAUAAUUUUAAAUAAGUGAAUUUAAAAUAAAAUACCAAGGUACCAAUUUUAAACGUGAA